AUAUAUACCGUGAAGUUCCGUCAGGUCUAAAAUUAUUGCGUUGAUUUCAAAUUUCCAACCCUAAAACAUCAAAAAACCUUAUUCUGAUAACCCAUGGAUAUUCGAGUUGACGCUCAAGCUAAUAAAAGUCGAAUUGAGCUCGUUGACGCGGCUUUCCAGUCUGGAGAAAAGUUAUACAAGGAAAAUAGAAUUUUAAUUGGAGAGGGCGUAUUGACGAAGUAUAACCAGAAAAAGAUUAUUCCCUUAAGGACUGUGAAAGUAGUCCCAAUUGCAGACAGUUUCGAACUGCAAAAUGCUUGGCAAAUAAAAUCUGCACAGAAAUCUUUUACAGUCUUUGCAGCAACGGCUACUGAGAAAAGUGAAUGGAUGAGCCAUAUUUCUCAGUGUGUGAAAGAUUUAUUAAGUAAAGAGCCAAACCAUCAUGACGAUGAUUCGCUGGAAGAAAGUCCUGUAUGGGUUCCCGACAAUAAAACUACGGAGUGUUUUGGAUGCCAAGUAAAUUUUACAACUUUCAAUAGAAGACAUCAUUGUAGAAAAUGUGGAAAGAUAUUUUGCGGGACUUGUUCUAAAUAUAAAGAGUUAAUUGUUUCUCAAGACAGGAAGAAGCCUUUAAGAGUAUGCUUCAAUUGUUUCUCAAAAAGAAAUCAGUCUAGUAAUAGUCUUGAACGUAAUUCAACAAAUUCAACACCGUUGACAAGAGAUAGCGAUGAUACGGAUGAUAGUGACCAAGACGUUGAAGAUAGAAAGAGUGAAACCUAUGAUCAUCAAACACAAUUUUUCCAAUAG